AAAGCUAUACAAGCAAAAGUAAUUAAACAAGUAAAUAUUAAAAACAAAAAACAAUUUUUUUUUUUAAUAUAAAAUUCUUUUAGUCUCAAGAAAUUGCUAAUUUAAAAGAAACAAAAGAUAUCUAUGAUGUUCAAUUAGCUAAUUUUACACAUGAACUUCUUAAUACACAAGCUGAAUUAAAACAAAAAGAUCAUCAAGUAGCUACUCUAUGUGAUGAUCUUAUCCCAAGAUCGACAAAUGAUGAUGUUGAUGUACUUAAACGUGAACUUAUUACAGUUCAACAACGUAUGGAUGAAAUAUCAUUAGAAAAAGAACAAGAAGUGGAAAAAUUACGUUUUGCUUUAAUAGAAAAUUAUCAAUAUACAGAAAAAUUAAAUCAAUUAGAAAAUAUAUUUAAUCAAAAUUUAUUAAUUUAUGAUGAAAUGAUCAAUGAAAAUACAUCUCGAAUUGAAAUCGGAAUUAAUGAAAUAAAACAAUUUGUUAAAUUAACACGUGAACGAAAAGAAAAAUUUCAGAUGGCUAUAAAAUAUAUGCGUAAUUGUCUUACAGAGAAUCAAGCUCAAAUUGAACAACUUAAACAAACAAAUAUUCAAUUGAAUAAUGAUCUUGAACAACGAAAAGAAACCAAUGAUAAAUUAAUUAAUGAUUUACAAAUUGAACAAAAACAAACAAAUUCUUAUCGAUAUCAAAUUGAAUCACAAACUAAUGAAAUUCAUGAAUUAGAAAAAACAUUAAAUGAAUUACAAAAUGAAAAAAAUCAAUUAAUUCAAACGAAAAUUGAUACUGAUGAAAAUGAUGAAAGACAAAAUCUUUUUCAACAAAUAACACAAGAAAGAGUAAAAACUAUUCAUUUAUCGUAUAUGAAUUUAUUUAGUUUUCUCAUCUUCAAGAAUCAAUAUGAACAACAAACAAAAGAACUUCGAAUACAAAUAAAACAAAUAAAUAACGAACGACAAAAAAUUCAAGAUGAAUUCGAUCAUAUUUCUAAACAAUAUUUACAAAUAACACAUGAAAAAGUAAUAUGA